AUGAAUGUUUGUGGAGGUAUGGAUAGUAAAAUAGACGAAGUAUGUGAGAUGAUGAGUGAAAGAAGAAUUGAUGUAUUAGGAGUAAGUGAAACAAAAAAGAAAGGCUGCUCUAUUACUACUUAUGACCGAUAUACUGGGUACUGGUCCGGAGUUAAUGACUCUGAAAGAAGCAGCCAAGGAGUGGGAGUUAUUUUGUCAGAGAGAAUGAAUGCAUCUGUUAAAGAAUUUGAAUUUGUAAGUCCUAGACUCCUCUGGAUACGAUUGAAAGUUAGUUUGACCCGUAUUUUUCUCCUUUGCGCUUAUGCCCCGGAUAUGUCCAAGCCACCAAAGGUCAGAGAGGAUUUCUGGGAUAGUGUAAGGGAGAUUAUGACUAAAUGUAAGGAGAAUGAAAGAAUUAUUUUGAUAGGUGAUUUUAAUGGCUGGGUGGAAAUCCGUCGCGAUGGAUAUGAAAGGAAUUUAGGAAUGUUUGGAGAUAAAAGAGUGAAUGAAAAUGGUGAAAGUUUAUUAGAAGUAUGCCUGGAGAGAAAUCUGGUGGUGACUAAUACUUUGUUUAGUCACAAACUGAUUCAUAUGUAUACAUGGCAAAGGCAAACUGAGAGAAGUAUGAUUGAUUUUGUAAUUGUGGAUGAACGAUUGAGAGCGAAAGUGAAGGAUACAAGAGUCUAUCGUGGUACGAAUGUCGGAACUGAUCACUUUUUGCGGGAUUUGAUAGAAUAUCUGCCGAAAUGCUUAAAGAAGGUGGAGAAAUCAUUGUAA